UAAGCUCCAGUUGUAGGUGAAUUUUUGUUGUUUGUGACAUAUUUAUUUAUAUCAUGCCUACUUGUUGUGUUGAAGCCUUUUGCUGGAACACGUAGGAAGGAGACGGAGUAAGCGUGUUCACAUUUCUAAAAGACAACAUUCGCCUCGUCAGAUAAACGGCAAACUUCGCGGGCCAAAUGUUACUGGUGAUGUCCGUACAAAUGUCCAUACUGCCCCGUAGAUGGAAAUAAAAAGACCUUUGAGUGUGGAAAAGGAGAGCCAAGGUGGCAGCUAUCUUGCCGUCCAUCUGUCAGUUUCGGUCAGUAAAUGUCACGGCGUGGCCUGGCCCUGACCCCAAGAUGCAAAGAGGGGACGCAAAUGCAGGAGGUGUAAACCGAGCGGGGCCGGUCCCUGCCUUCCUCAGGAGCCCAGCCGUCAUCCCCCCAUCCCCCCUAGACAUGAAGCCCUUCCUUCAAUUCCCCCUGGAGUCGCCGCACGCUGCGCCUGUGGGCCUCUUCCACAACUUUAAUACAAUGGACCCCGUCCAGAAGGCUGUCAUGACGCACACCUUUGGACCGCCCGUGCUGAAGACAAAGCGGCCCAUCAUCUCCUGCAACGUCUGCCAAAUCCGCUUCAACUCCGAGAGUCAGGCAGAGGCGCACUACAAGGGGAACCGCCACGCUCGCAGAGUGAAGGGCAUCGAGACGUCCAAGACGGCUCGCCCUCAAGAUGGCGACAGGCAGCACCCUCCCCCGACCACCUCACCCUCCCCGCCACGGCCCUCACCAUCCAGACCAGAUCCUGAUGCUAACAAGCAGGAUGAGACCCAAUCCUGUCCCAGCUCGGAGUCACCUUUGACCCCGAGCCACCUAUCUGCAGCCAGCUCAGCAGACGCAGAGUGUCCCUUCUUGGCAUCUGUGGGCACGCCUCUGACAUCCUCCCCGGUACCCGCCGCCGUCCUCAGCACGCCACCUGCAGACUCAGCAGGCGCCGUCCUUCCUGACACCCCGUCUCCGGCACCCAGCCCCUCCUCUGGAGAGUCAGAAGAAGAGAAAGCUAAGAAGCUUCUCUACUGCUCCUUGUGCAAAGUCGCAGUUAAUUCCCUCUCACAGCUGGAGGCACAUAACAAAGGUACAAAACACAAGACAAUUCUGGAGGCACGGAGUGGACUGGGGCCCAUUAAAGCCUACCCACGACUGGGUCUGAAAGGCAGCCCCGAGCAGGGAGGGGACCUGUCUUCUGACCCCAACACUCAGGAACGAACCUUCCACUGUGAGAUCUGCAAUGUCCGAGUCAACUCUGAGCUGCAACUUAAACAGCACAUAUCCAGCCGCAGGCAUCGAGAUGGAGUCGCAGGGAAACCCAAUCCUCUCCUCAGCCGCAACAAGAAGCGUGCAGAUUUCAUGGAACUUCCAAAAACUCUGGGGGCGGGACUUUUACCAAAUCCUCUGGCCGUGGCGGCAGCCAUGGCCGCCGCCGCGUCCUCCAAUCAGCUGGCAUUACGAGCUCCUGGCCCGGCCACCCACCCUCACCCCCAUCACCACCUCUUACAGGGCGCACCCCUCAGCCUGCUGAGGCCCGCCCCGGGGCCGAUUCGCACCACGCACGGGCCCAUUCUCUUCACUCCGUACUGAUGGCGGGAGAAUGAGGAGGAGUCGGGAAGAAGCACACUGUGAAGGGCAGAGCCGGACCCGUUCGGUCUUUCAUUCUUGUCAGACGGACGCCUCAUGGUGCAUUGUGGAGUUGCAGGCUGCUGCUACGUUAACAGGAAGAAGCAGACAUUUUCAUCCUGCGGCAUUAAAGAUCCACUAAGUAACCCCGCAAAGAUGAGGAAGCGGGACUUUUAAACAAUCUUCUAUCAAGCAUGGACUUCCACCGUACCUCAAACCCUACCUCGGAAAAUCUCAAUCCUCUCCGCACCCAAAGCAUCGACAUCAUAAGGACAAAAAAAGAAGAAGCCCGUUGGGUUCCAUGAUAUUGUGGUCUCCUCUGAUGUUAGCUGUUAGAAAUCACUGUGUAAUGGCUUCCCCCUUUUUGUGCUCUAUGGAUUUGCAUCUCUGUACUGUAUGUACCGUACUGUCUUCCCAGUUGGCUUAGGGGGUCUCUACCUCCCUCCGGGGGACACAGUCAGAGACUAAAAGAGAAAGGGAACAUAGAUGAAGUCUUAAAGAUAUUUAACCGAGCACCUUAACCACAUGAACGGACUGACUAGAGGUCAUAGAGUGACGUACUAUGCAGGUAGCAGUGUUUCUAUGUGUGCUUUGAUUAGAAGUUCAUCAGGGUAGACGAAGGCGAUGUCCACAUGGGAACGUGUCCACACAGCGUUGGAUGGGUAAACAGUCACAGGAACGGAUGACUGGGUGAAAACCAUGUAAUACACAUAAGGCACACAUGCAGUCGUAAGCAAACGUUUGGGCACCCCUGACACUUUCCAUCAAUCAUUUAUUUAUAAAUCACUGGGUGUUUGUUAUUACACCUUCAUUUGCAUAUAUUAAAUAUGCAAAUGAUAUGUCACCUCUCAGCUAAAGCGGGAGUUACAUCCCGAUGUGUUCAUUACGUAAUGUUUUGUCACAAGUGUGGGUAGCCACUUGUAAAAGGGGCGGAACCCAACGCAGGGAAGCAGACCAAAAAUAGAUACAAAAGGUAUUUAAUAACGUAAAGUGUCCCAAGCGGGAAAAGUACAACACAAGGAAAAAUCACAAACCAAAAGUAGAAAACACAAAACACUGCCGGCAGAAGGCUGACAGGAAUUAACUAGAAUACAAUGGAGAAAUACUACAGGCAAACCUGAGCUGGAACAACAACUAGUGUAACAGGAAAUAGUACUGAGCAGAGGAAACAAGGGUGAGCCAGAAAGCGGGGAACAGGUAAGGGGCCGGACGAAGCGGAACAGGUAGCAAGGAGUACAAUCUGGCACUGGUCCCUCGUAGCUGCUGAGUAUAAGAAGGCCUGCCUGAUGGGAUUGCCUGCAGGUGUGUGCUGGGGACUCCACCCACACCGGCUGGAGCUGCACAGAGAGCACAUACACAGCAGGCGGCAGCAGAGUGACAAACACCAUCUUGGGGAAAUGUGUUGUCUGUGGCCAGCACGUAGAGGAAGUAGGGUAUCAGAGGGGGUGCAAGUGAUUCAUGACACCCACGUGCUUGCCGCUCCCCCUCCGUCGGUAGCUUUUAGAUCGGGAGUGUGGCGCGCGACUCGUGCGUGCUCGGUGCGUUUUGUGUAAGGCUGUCGUACGUUUGACUCACCGGGGAAGGUACGUAUGUGGGCAUCGUACGCGGCUCGUGCAGCCCGCUCACGUCGAUCACAAGAUGGGCGUACCGCCUGCCUGCGGCACCUACGGCUGUCGUGACCGGGAGAACCAGAGCGUACAGCGGGAUGAGCCGCCCGCCGUGUCCGGGUAAGGCGCAUGAAUGUCGGAUAUGCAAUCUCGAAAGUUGAUUGUUAAAAUUCAAACGAAAUUUGAACUUUGAGAACAAGAGAAUGUGAUAAAACGUUAAUGCCUGUCUGACAAAGUGUAUCAAGUGUAUGCUGAGGGCUUCCACAGCCUUAAAACAUAAUCAUUGUACAAAAAUAUAGUUGGCUACUUCGCCGAUGUCACUGAUUGUGGGCUAUUUUGGGAACCUAUUUCUCGCGAUAAACGAGGGAACGCUGUAAACGAAAAUGAGAUUGGAGCUCCAAAAACCCAAUGUUUCGUUCAUGAAAAUGAUGGAAAUUGUCAGGGGUGCCCAAACGUUAGCAUACGACUGUUUGUUCAUGCGGCGCCACAGACGAGACACACAGACAGAACCACGUCACACACCAAAACCACAGAAGAAGAACGAAACGCAGGCGCAUAACGUCCGUCGUCUUCCGCUUGUUUGGUGUGUCUGGACCAGCUUGAUCAACUUUUUAAAGUUGUAUUGUUGUACUUUUGGUCCUCUCCUUGACUGUCUUUGCAGUCUUGAUUUUCUCAAUCAUUUACUGUUUAUUUUUUCAUUCGGGUUGUAGAUGCGCUUACAUUUGAAGAACGAUUCGUUCAUCUAUUCUCCAUCUGGGACGUCAUUGGGAGAUUUGUCUGAUGUUUGACCUGCGGUUGCUGCCGAGAGGUCCGCCCCGCCUCACAGCAGUCGCAAGCGGUCGGUGCACAGUCAGCUCCCGUGGCACACUAUCUGCCUCUCCCGGAGUCACCACCACAUUAGCGAGUCAUAGCUACAGCACGAUUGUCGUUAGAAAACAUAUUGCUAUGCUUUUGUUAAUGACAUCCUUUUAUUUUACUUUCUUCAGACUCAACUCAAAACUCCCUCACCAUUUUUCUCUCCAAUGAGACUCACUGCAUACACUAGCCUGCCCCUCUCCCCCCUUUCCUUGCUCAUCCAGUCAGCAGUCAGAAUGCAGUCUAGAUGCAUUCACGGACUUGCGGCGAGUCGGAUUUUUCAAACUCUUUUUGAAUUUUCACAUUUCCUCCACGCUUGGCAACGGAAGCCGCAACAAGGAGGCUGAGGAGCCUGGGCUCCGGAGCCGCAGGCUGCAGACCCCUGGUCUAGGCUGACAAUGAAGUGGAAUUAUUUCGAGAGACAAAAACACUUCAGAAGAAUGUCGAAGGUUCCGUGUGGACGUCCAUCCAUCCAUUUUCUUCCGCUUAUCUGGGUCCGGCUCACAGGGGCAGCAGUCUCAGUAGGGAAGCCCAGUCUUCCCGGUCCCCGGCCACCUGUUCCAGUUCCAGGAGGUCCCCAAGGUGUUCCCAGGCCCGCUAUGAGACAUAAUCCCUCCAGCGUGUUCUAGGUCUGCCUGGGGACCUUCUCCCGGCCGGGCAUGCCUGGAACACCUCACCAGGGAGGCAUCCGGACUAGAUGCUUGUAUCUGUACGCUUGUAUCUGAAAUCUCGUUCUUUCCAACACGACCCAAAGCUCAUGACCAUAGGUGAGGGUGAGAACAUUGAUGGGGGAGCUAAAUUGAGCUCAGCUCUCUCUUCACCACGACGGUUCGGUACAGCGACCGCGUUACUGCAGACGCUGUGCCGAUGCGCCUGUCGACCUCACGCUCCACCCGUGUGGACAAAUAACCCACAUUUGAUUCCUCGGAUUUGAUUUAAAAUUUUAAAAAAGUGGGACUGCAUUUGAAAUGCAUUGAAAUCCUUUCAUUUGUGUCUCCCUGCACAGAACAGGAAGGUUUCAGUAUCUCAGAGAAAGACUUUCAACACUGUGAGCACAGCCAGACGUGGGUGAUAUAGCAGCAGCUCUUUGCAAUGUGGGCACACACACACACACACACACACACACACACACACACACACACACAUACAAAGACACCAAGGUUGUGUCUGUGAAUAUUCUCAUUCAUCCAGGUCGGUCAUUGUACUCCCAGGCCAUUGAACCCAUGGCAUCGGACUCUUUGGGUCACCUUCAUCAGUUCAUGCUGAAAGACUAGAUAGGACAGUUCUGGUCUGAAGGGAGGAUACAGGAUCCAAGUAUUUAUCCUCCAAGGUAGAGGCCCCAACCAAGAAUGGUUUCACUCUUAUGCUCGUAGUCCUGCUUGGGGGGGAUGGUAGGCCUGUCAUCAUAACUAAUAAGUGUCCGAGAAAAUAUUGCUGAUAAAGGAUAUUAUUUCUUAUGUUUUCAUGAAUGUAGUGCUAAUAUAUGACACACAGUACAGCGUAUCAAAAGCAAUAAGCUUUCAUUUCUCAAGAGUAUUGAAUAGGGGUGCACAUCUCUUUGUGAUAGACCAUUGGAGUUAUGAUACGAUUCAAAAACAGUGCAUUUUAAAAGCGUACGACUCGAUGCAGCGUACGAACCAUACGAUUCGACUCUACAGUUAAUGUUUGUUGAUGUAGACAUGAAUCUUGCAAUCUAAAAUAGCCAUGCCAAUGAUCUUUUCUAACGUGUGAAAGAGCACAUCAUAUCCCCAAGCAUGCUGUGAGGCACUGGCCAAAAUCAAGUCACCAGAAUAACGUCAAAUGCUUGUAUUGUUUAGACUUGCUCUUUUUCUUUGAUCAAUCCCAUAUCAUAUAAUGUCAUACCAAUAAUGCUAAUAAAACAAUCAUGAUGUCAUAACAACAAGGUAGGUAACAAAGCUGCAACGUUUAGUGAUGCGCUAGCUAGCAGCUGGCUGGCUAGUAGUGAUGGAAAUUUCGGCUCUUUGGCUUGACUCACUAAAAAGAAGCAUCUCUUUCGGCUCCCAAGUGGCGCCUUGGAUUUUUUGUUGUCUUAUUACCAAAUGAUGUGUAUUGUGUAAAAUGAAUUACUAGUGUAAAAAACAAAGACCCAUCUCAAUAGACAAAUUAGGUCAAAUCUCUUCAUGCAAAUUUCUUAUGAACCAAUCGGCUCUAAGAGCACUGCAGCGUGCGUUUAACCCCGCCCCUCCCCCUGCUCAGUGUGGACACAGAGAUGCGCCACACAUCUUGACCAAUGACAUUCGCCUUUAACAACAACAAAAAAAAAAACACCAGGAAAAAACUUGCGCUCUGCCCGGCUUCCAACCGGCUUCUGCAGAAUGAGAGGCAAGAGCGCUAGCCAUUGAGCUAAAAGUCGAUGUCCAGUGCGACCGCAAAGCUGUCGGGGAGUGAGGUUUACCAGGGUGCCAGCUAGCACACAUUACAUAAAUACUCCCGUUUUGCAUCAUCCCCUCAGACUGGAGCUGUCCUAUCUAGUCGUAAGCAUGAACUGAUGAAGCCUGCUCGGAUGAGAGGACAAACGUCUUUGAGGACAACCUGAACAGUCUGGUUGCAAUGGAUUCAAUGCCCUGGGAAAACCAGCAUGAUGUCAUUACUAGACACACACACACACACACACACACACACACACACACACAGUAGCAAAAAUGUGGUAGCUUUGCAGGUGUGUGGUGAGAUAAAGCAAUGUGGUUUCCUUGCUAUGCUUCAUGACCCAACACGACCCAUCAAAAGCGUCAUGGCAGCAUGUCAGAGACUAACGGGAAGCUUUAGCAAAAUGAAACUGUAGCAAUACUUUCUGCUCUUUUCAUGUGAAACGCAAUAAAUUAAAAAAUAUCCAUCGUUUUUAGGAGUUGUGUGUAGAAAUAUUGCUGUAAAUGUAGAUAGUUUUUAAAAAAUGACAAAAGGUGUAUGUGGGGGCUUCCAAAUUGUUGCAUUCUAAUAGAAUUGUACACGGAAUCAUUAAACUCAGUUCAUGAUUCGACUCUGAGUGGUCAGACUUUUUAUUUGAAAUGCUUUCUAUUUUUUUCUAGUAUCUCUUGGUUUAAUUAGUACACGUUUGUCAAAUCCUACUCCCUGACACCUUCCCCAUCCGGUUGACAGUCCGAGCUUUUAGCUCGAUGGCUAGCGCUCCCGACUUUCAUUCUGUGGAUCCUGGAUCGAGCCCGGGUGGAACUCCAGGUCGGCUAGACCAGGUGGGUUACAUCCAUCCAUCCCCAUCCACUACUGAUGGGGACGUCAUCCAACUUCCUGCCAAAA